GUGUUAAACGCGACUAGAGAGAACCAAAAACCCUGGGUUUUGUUUCUUCUGGGUUUGAAUCUCUCUCCCUCUCUCUCUCGAAGUCUCACACUCCUCGCAGAUCAAAAAUUCUCAGAGCCAAAACAGAGAGACCGGAGAUCUCCUCGGAGCUGUAAAAAAUGGUGACGUCGGCGGUGGUCAACACCUAUCCACUGUCCAGCUACACGUUCGGGACCAAAGAGCCCAAGAUGGAGAAGGACACCUCCGUCGCCGAUCGCCUCGCUCGCAUGAAAGUCAACUAUAUGAAAGAGGGGAUGAGGACAAGCGUCGAAGCUAUUUUACUGGUACAGGAACAUAAUCAUCCCCACAUACUGCUUCUGCAGAUCGGAAACACGUUCUGCAAACUUCCUGGUGGACGGCUGAAGCCAGGAGAGAAUGAGAUUGAGGGGCUGAAAAGAAAGCUCACCAGCAAACUUGGUGCUAAUUCAGCAAACCUUGUCCCUGAUUGGCAGAUAGGAGAAUGCGUCGCUAUCUGGUGGAGGCCAAACUUUGAAACCAUAAUGUAUCCAUAUUGCCCUCCUCACAUAACAAAACCAAAGGAGUGCAAGAAGCUUUUCCUUGUUCACUUAUCUGAGAGGGAGUACUUUGCUGUGCCAAAGAACCUAAAACUCCUUGCUGUUCCGUUGUUUGAACUCUAUGACAAUGUUCAGAGAUAUGGGCCUGUUAUAUCUACAAUUCCUCAGCAGCUUUCCAGAUUCCAAUUCAACAUGAUCAGUUCAUGAGUGGAGGAUGGAACUUUGAAGUUAUUGGGAUAGAACUCUCCAAUAUAAUGACGAUCGUAUCUUAAUAUCAUUGCAUGGACUGAUAGAGCUGAAGAUCUGGACAUUAUUUCGUUGCUUAACUUGAGUUGGUUAGUUUUGGAUACAGCUAUCCAGAUGGCUGAAGUAUAACUUGUGAUAUGGUCUAUCUAUCUAUAUUGGUCACUAUUAUUUGCUGAUGGGUUUGCAUUACUCUUGAAAUUUUAUUUGAACUAUGUUUGCAUUG